AUGGCCCACCGUGGAGUCAGUUAUGACAAAAAUGUCAGCUGCAUCGCUGAUCUUAAGGCUCUGGGGAGCCAGAACCUGCCCGCAAUGGUCAGAGAGUACUACAACGAAGGUGCCAUGGACCUUAUCACGCUCCGCGAGAACGAGGCAGCAUUCGACCGGUACAAGAUCCGACCGCGCAUUCUGAUCAACGUGGACAAGGUUGACACCAGCACAGAGGUGCUUGGCACAAAGGUGUCCCUCCCCAUCGGAUUCAGCCCGGCAGCCUCCCACAAACUUGCACACCCCGACGGCGAGCUGGCGACAUCCCGCGCCGCGGCCAAUCAUGGCAUCUGCAUGGGUCUUUCAUCGUAUUCGAACUACUCGCUGGAGGAUGUGGCUGCCCAAGGGCGCGGAAUUCCCUACGUUAUGCAAAUGUGUGUUCUGAGGGAUCGCUCGAUCACGCUGCAGCUGCUGCGCAGAGCGGAGAAGGCGGGAUACAAGGCGCUGUUCUUGUCGGUGGAUGUGCCUGUUUUGGGGAAGCGGUUGAAUGAGCAUCGGAACAACUAUACCCUGCCUGAGGAUAUGGAGUGGCCGAAUAUCUUGAGUUGCGGCAGUGAUACUUCCAAUCGGACGGAGUAUGACCCCAGUCUGGACUGGGAGAGCACAAUUCCCUGGCUUAGAGAGAACACCAAGCUGCAGAUCUGGCUGAAAGGAGUAUACACACCCGAGGACGUCGAGCUCGCGAUCCAAUACGGCGUGGACGGCGUCAUUAUCUCGAAUCACGGCGGUCGGCAACUGGACGGUGUCCCAGCUACCUUGGAUGCUCUUCGCGAGUGCGCCCCUGUUGCCAAGGGCCGUAUUCCGAUCGCAAUCGACGGAGGCAUUCGACGCGGUUCCGAUAUCUUUAAGGCUAUUGCUUUGGGGGCAGACUUCUGCUUUGUCGGCAGGAUUCCAAUCUGGGGGUUGGCGUACGAUGGCCAGAAAGGAGUUGAAUUAGGUAUCCAGAUUCUGCGCAACGAGCUGAUGAUCACGAUGGCACUGGCUGGAUGCCGAUCGAUUAAGGAGAUCCAGAGGAGACAUUUGUCGAUUCUCAAACCAGAUGGUGUUCUUUCCAAGCUUUGA